UCGGCAUGAUGGCGGAAGGAAGGGAAGCGUUGAAGGUUGGUCGGAGUUUGUUCAGUUUUUUGGCUUUCAUUGGGCUUAUUCGAAACUAUUAACGCUCGAGCUCCGUCAGAUGCUCAAAGGAACUAUUACCAAACGAACAUGAAGAGAUGGGGCUGUUUAGUUCAAGAUUUAAAGACUUUGAGGGGAAAAUGCAGAGGCCAUGGCGAAGUCCGUCUUCUUCUGAACUUUGUUUACGUUCACUUCGAUUGUUUAUAGUGUUUUUUUUGGGUGUCUUUAUCACUGGAACAAUUCAAGAAAGUUUCGCUGAUCCAGCAGAGAUUACAAAUGUUAUUCCAUCUAGUAAAAUUAUUGAAAUUAAACCUGGAAAAGUUAAAGUGUUAAGCUGUAAUGUCAGUGCUGUUCCUGGUGUCAAAAAAAUUGUGUGGAUAUUCAAUUAUAGUGUUCACUUACAAGAUUCAAAUAAUACAGCAUUUAAUAUAUCAAAUGCUAAGUGUUCAGAUACUGGAAUAUAUCAAUGCUUUCCUUCUAAUGGCUCGCUACCAACUGCAAAAAAUGGUACAUUUAAUGUCACAGUAAGAGACCUACCAAGCAAAGUAAAUAUCUCACUUUCCAGUUCUACUCCAACUAGUUUAACCUUCCAAUGGACUGCUCCUCAGAAUGGCUGUCUGCCUUUGACCUACAGUAUUGCAUAUCAGGCAUCAAAGAAAGUUCAAAGUGAACAUGGAGGAAAAAAAGAUGUUGGUACUAGUCUGAUUGCUACCAUUGAUGGACUAAUACCUGAUACUAAAUAUGAAGUACAACUAAUAAUACAGAAUGCAAAGGGUGUCAUUGAAUGUGAUAACAGCCCUUUUUGGACAGAUAUCGGAGUUCCCUCUUCACCUUUGUCUUUGGAAGCAAAUUUGACAUCUUGUCUAGUUGAAUGGGAGAAGCCGUCCCAGGAGAAUGCUCCAAAUAUAACCUAUAGGCUUUCUUAUAGACAAAAUAAUUACACCAACUGGACACACAUUGAAAACAUCAACAAGACAUACUAUUCUCUACGAGGGAAAGUAUUGUGUUCCAGUCAAAAAGUAAAAUGCUCAACAUACAGUUUCAAAGUUACAGCAAACAGUUCAGCAGGUUAUGGUAAUGAAAGCGAUGUUAUCUUUGUAUCUGGUUCAUCAGAACAACUACAAGUUUGUGCUUCCCUUUCUUCUAAUGUAGUAGGUAACGACUUCCCUUAUUUGGUUGUAAUCUUGGUUUUACUAGCCAUCAUCUUGUUAGCUAUUGUUAUUAUUAUAACAGCCAUCUGCRCAAGAGGCAAAUGCAGAAGUUGCAGAAUGCCAUUGAGGAGGCUCUUCACUCCUGAGCAACGACCUAUUAAUGAUUCUGUAAUGGAGAGAACAAGAGAUCAGUCUUCUUGUAGAGAGAGAAGAGACAGAGAAGCUGUACCAUACGAAAAAUUCUGGCAGCAUGUGACUCUCCGACAUGCUGACACUAACUAUAGAUUUUCUUCUGAGUUUGAGUCUCUACAAGGAAAACAGGAAAAGAAUAAGAAAAUAACCUGGAAUCAGUCUCAGAGACCAGAAAAUCAAACUAAAAACCGCUUUGCAAAUGUUGUAGCAUAUGACCAAACAAGGGUCGUACUGUCAACAAUUGAUGGUAUGCCAGGAUCCCAUUACAUUAAUGCUAAUUAYGUAGAUAGUUAUAAAGCAAUGAAUUUUUACAUAGCAACUCAAGGUCCACUUGCAAAUACUAUAGCAGACUUUUGGAGAAUGGUUUGGGAGCAGAAUUCUAGAGUAAUAGUAAUGAUCACCAAAAUAAUUGAAAAAGGAAGGCAUAAAUGUGCACAGUACUGGCCCACAAAGAAUAGGAAAUCAGAUGUCCAUGGGCAACUGAGGGUGACAUUCCUUAAGGAAGAACAUUUUGCUUUUUAUACAUUUAGAGAAUUUGAAAUCAAGCCUAUCCAGGAAAGCACUCAUUAUAGUCAGGAUUCCACAGAUGAAGCCAUCAAACCAAUGAUAGUACAACAGUUUCACUUCACAGGCUGGCCUGAUCAUGGGGUCCCAGAUCCUGGUUAUGAAAUACCAGUCUUGGACUUCAUCUUUAAGUCUACUGCAGCACAGGUGGAAGGGGCAGGCCCCAUUGUUUUACAUUGUAGUGCUGGUGUUGGUCGUAGUGGUGCUUUCAUAGUGAUUGACAGCAUGAUCAAGCGUAUCCAUGACAACGGUGAUCUAAAUAUCUUCAGUUUUCUUGCCCAUAUAAGGCAGCAACGGAACCAUUUAGUUCAAGAAGAGUGUCAGUAUAUCUUCGUGCAUGACGUAUUACUAGAGUACAUCAACUGUGGCUUCCUCCUGUCCUUACCAAAGAGAGCACUAAAGGAACACUUGUACAAAAUACGAACACAGCCACACCAUACUGGGAAGACCAAGAUUGUCGUAGAGUUUGAGAGAUUGAAAAAUAUUAAUAUGCAAGAGUAUAACUUAAAAGAAGGCCAGAGAGCUUGUAACGUUAUCAGGAAUAGAAACCCUGAUAUCAUACCAGUGGAUACGUGUCGUGUCAAACUGUACCCACGACCAGGUGUAGAAGGGUCUGACUACAUUAACGCCAGUUACAUUGAUGGUUUCUGGYGCCGUGAAGCAUACAUUGCCACUCAGUGUCCAUUAGAGUCCACCCUCUUUGACUUCUGGAGAAUGAUAUGGCAGGAAAACUGUCGAAGUAUUGUGAUGUUACUCUCUAAAGAAGAAGCAGAUCAGAGUACGUAUCCACGGUAUCUACCAGUUGUCCAUGACACGGCUCGCUUCGGCGUGUAUGAGGUAACCAUGGAGUCUGAGUCAGCCAGAGGAGACUUUAUGAUACGAGACCUGAAGAUGACUUCUGUAAACGAACCUGGUGAAACUCGAAAGAUUCGUCACUUCCAUUUUCUACAUUGGCCUGAGGAAGGCUUUCCAUGGUCUGGACAGUCUGUCCUUCAACUUAUUAGUAAAGUAGAUGAAUGGGAGAAAGAGGUCAAGAGCAACUCUAAACCUUUCGAUAUGAUUGGACCCAUUGUCGUGCAUUGUUCAACGGGAGUAGGUCGUACGGGGGCGUACUGUAUUCUUCAUACCUUGUGGCAUCAAGUUACCCGAGAAGACGUCGUGUCGGUAUACCCUACUGCCCGACUGCAUUUCCAUCAAAGACCUAAAUUCCUACUUACACAGGUGCAGUACGAAUUUUGUUAUGAUACCAUGGUAGAAUAUAUAGAUGCUGACUGUUCGCUGUAUCUGGUCUGACACCAUGGUAGAAUAGAUUACUGACUGAUCGCUCUAUCUGGUCCAUCCAAAGUAUGUGAAUAUACCACGAUAGAAUAUGUAGGUAAUGUCUUUACGCAGUAUCUGGUCCUAUGCGCAAAGAAUGCCACCAUGGCAUGGUAGAAUAGAUUACUGACUGAUCGCAUAUACUAUGGUAGAAUUUGUACGCAAUGUCUUUUUACCGUAUCUGGUCCUAUGCGCAAGGUAUGCCACCAUACCGUGGUAAUGCGUCUUGUCUAUAGACUGGUCGCCACAAGGCCUCAUCAUCUGACCAUGAUUAUGUCGAACAGCAACAAUGAAAUAAACUUGCUUGAUGCGAAUUUUAUGCUAAGCUUGCUGUUGUCUAAGCUUUGCUUGUGCUGAAGAUAAAUAUGCGUGUUAAAAUUUGAUUGGUUAUUUAGGCCUGUAUGGCACAAACAAUUCCCGUUCUUAUUCCCAAGAAAAAUGCUAAAUCGAGUAUGGAAUAAAAAUUUUAGUCGAGCACUGUGAUUGGGUCAAAGCUCAUUUUGACUGUCACAAAGCUCAGUACAAAGCUAAAAAAUUAAUUAGGAACACUAAGAAAGUGUAGUUUAAAAAAAACAUUUGGAUUUUUAUCAAAAAAUUAUUUAAUAUUAGUUUUGUUGACUCCUUUUAAUCAAAUAUUAGCCCUAUAUAUUUAUAUGAUUUUAAUAGCAGUAUUUUAUUUUCUCCACAUGUCGUUAUUAUGCGGCUGCUAAGUUCUUAUGAUGUAGCCUUUGAAACCAGGCCUUUGGACGUCGAGGCUUGGCAACGAAGAACGGGAAACGAGUCCAGCUCUUAUCUUCUCCAAUCUUUCUAAUCCCAUUCCCAGAAUCAGUCCAAACAGAUUCUAUUGGGUUGUUUCCCUUUAAUCCCCCUCUCUUUCCUAGCUCCCCGUCCAUAGAAGCCUGGUAACGAAGGUUACUGAACUCCGAAGUUGUAUAUGUUUUGUCAUUUGAAGUGAUGCGUAAUUCUAAUGUUUCAGCAAGAGAAUAAAAUAAUAAUGGCUCUCACAUAAGGAAGGCCAUCCAAAUAAUACUAUUAGGUUGAGUCAGGCAUUAAACAAAAGAAGGGAAUCGAGAAAUGUAAAAUAUUAUUAGCUUACAUUUUCGAGAAGCAAAGCUUCUUUUUAGAUUAUUAUGUAUUUUUUCUUUUACAUGUCGUGAAGCCAAAGGCUUUUUUUUUAGUUAGUUCAGAUGUACACAUCACGAGAUUCAAUUAAUAGAAUUUAUUAACGAGUAGUAAGAAGUCAGCGAAGUCUGCAUCAGCCUUUUCGCGCUCAUCGCUAGUCAAACCGGAGGUCUUUCGAAGAUGCUCCGAAUGUCUUCGGACAAGGUUCUACGACGGUGCUCCGAUUUGUCUUGAGAGUAAAGGCGCAAAAAGAGCGAUAUGAUAAUUAAAGUGAGUAUGACGUUUAAGAACGGAGCGUGAAAAUUGCAAUGCAAUAUUAAAAUUUAUUAGUAAUCAAA